GCCUAAUUAACGGGUAAUCAGGUUUCCAGCGGCUGUGCUUUGAAAUAGAAGCGAAUGGCCAAGAGCUCGCACCAUUUGGCCAGCGACGCUGCAACGAUGAGCAUCAAGUUCAAUGUGAAUGGCUACCCCUACGAGGUGCAGGCGGCAGACUACGCCCCGGACAUAACACUCAACGCAUUCCUGCGCCAGCAUCUGCAUCUGACGGCCACCAAGUACAUGUGCCUGGAGGGCGGCUGUGGCUCCUGUGUGUGUGUCAUUCGACGACGCCAGCCGGCCACCAGCGAGGUGCAGUCGAGAGCUGCCAAUUCGUGCCUGACGCUGCUGAACACCUGCAAUGAUGUGGAUAUCAUAACGGACGAGGGCUUGGGCAAUCAACUGAGCGGCUAUCAUCCCAUACAGAAGCGUCUGGCGCAGCUGAAUGGCACCCAGUGUGGGUACUGCUCGCCGGGUUUUGUGAUGAACAUGUACGGGCUGCUGGAGCAGCAUCGCGGGCAGGUGAGCAUGGCCCAGGUGGAGGAUGCCUUCGGUGGCAACAUUUGCCGCUGCACCGGCUAUCGUCCCAUACUGGAUGCCAUGAAGUCGUUUGCGCUGGACAGCGACAUUCAGGUGCCCUCCGAAUGUGUGGACAUUGAGGAUUCCUUCGAGCUGCUGUGUCCACGAACGGGACAAUCCUGUCAAGGCAGCUGCACGCGGCCAGCGCGCAGGCAGGACUCCAGCGCACACUGGUACUGGCCCAAGACGCUGCAGGAGUUGUUCGCCGCGCUCAGCCAGGUGGCGAGUGGAGAACCGUUCUUCCUGGUGGCGGGCAACACAGCGCAUGGAGUCUACCGACGACCCAGAGACAUACGCCACUACAUCGACGUACAUGCAGUGCCGGAGCUGAAGCAGCACAGCCUGGAGGCGGAUCAUCUGCUGCUCGGUGGCAAUCUCACGCUCACCGAUGCCAUGGAACAGUUUUUGGUGGCCGCCAAGCGGCCGGGCUUCGAGUAUUGUGCGCAGUUGUGGCAGCACUUUAACCUGAUUGCGAAUGUUCCAGUGCGAAAUAAUGGCACACUGGCUGGAAAUAUCAGCAUUAAGAAGCAACAUCCCGAGUUCCCCUCGGAUGUGUUCAUCACCUUUGAGGCUUUGGACGUCAAUGUGCUGGUCUAUGACAAUCCCAGCAGUCAGCGUGUGAUGAGUUUGCUCUCCUAUCUGACGGAUGCCACACCCAAGCUGCUCAUUGGUGGCUUCAUAUUGAGAGCGUAUGCCAAGGAGCAAUAUCUCUUUGGCUCCUACAAGAUCCUCCCUAGAGCUCAGAAUGUGCACGCCUAUGUCAAUGCGGGUUUCCUCAUCGAAUGGCAGGACCUGCAGCGGCACAUUGUGCGCUCCGCUCGCAUUUGCUUUGGCAACAUUCGACCCGACUACGUGCACGAUCGGCCACUGGAGCAGCUUCUCCCGGGCAGAGAUCUCUACGAUGCAGCCACAGUCCAACAGAUGUUUGAGCAGCUGCGUGGCAGCCUGCAGGCGGAGGAGCGGCCGCCGGAGGCCUCGCCCGAGUAUCGUGAGAUGUUGGCCUGCGGCUUGCUCUACAAAUUUCUGCUCGGCUCCGCACCCAAGGAGCUCGUGCGGGAACGCUAUCGCAGCGGCGGACAGUUGCUGGAGCGUGCGCUGUCCUCGGGCAGUCAGACAUUCGAGACGAUCAAGAAGAAUUAUCCAGUGACACAGCCGGUGCAGAAGCUGGAAGGUCUCAUUCAAUGCUCGGGCGAGGCCACUUACAUGAACGAUCUUCUGACCACCUCGAAUGCCGUGCACUGCGCCUUUGUCACGGCCAAGCGUGUGGGUGCCACCAUCGAGCAGAUUGAUGCCACAGCUGCGCUGCACUAUCCCGGCGUUGUGGCCUUCUAUGCGGCCAACGAUAUCCCCGGAGUGAAUAACUUUGUGACGGUUACACAGCUCACCCCCGAAGCGGAGGAGAUCUUUGCUGCUGGACGCGUCAAGUACUACGAUCAGCCGCUGGGCGUGAUUGCAGCGUUGUCGCAGGACGCGGCUGUCUAUGCGGCCAGCCUCGUGGAGGUGACCUACGCCAAUGAUCAGCGGCAGCUCUACACGAGCAUCAAUCAAGUGCUGGCCGCCAAGCAGCAGGAUCGAAUUGUCUGUCUGAAGAAGGAGAGUGGCAAGCCGAAACCCGCACCUCUGGCACCAGGCGACGUCUUGGGUCGUGGCAUCCUCGAACUGGAGUCGCAGUACCACUUCACCAUGGAGCCGCAGACAACGAUUGUGGUGCCCAUGGACAGUGUGCUGCAGGUGUGGAGCUCCACCCAGUGGAUGGAUGGCACUCAGGGUGCCAUUGCCCAGAUGCUCAAGGUGAACGUGAACAAGGUGCAGCUGCAGGUGCGUCGCGUGGGCGGUGCCUAUGGCGCCAAGGUGACACGCGGCAAUCUCGUCGCCUGUGCCGCCGCUUUGGUCGCCUUCAAGCUGAACAAACCCGCAAGAUUCGUGCAGACCAUCGAGUCCAUGAUGGAGUGCAAUGGCAAGCGUUGGGCCUGCCGUUCGGACUAUGAGUUUAGGGCCAGGGCCAGUGGGCUGAUCACAAUGUUGAGCAACAAUUACUACGAGGAUGCGGGCUGCAGUCUCAAUGAGAAUGUUGUGGAUUUUCUCACACUGCCAGCGCUGAGGAAUGUCUACAAUCUGACGGAUGCCAACUAUAAGACCAAGGGGAGUGCCAUACGAACAGAUGCAGCGAGCUCCACUUGGUGUCGUGCGCCAGGAACGGCAGAGGCCAUUGCCAUGACGGAAACCGCUCUCGAGCACAUUGCCUUCACUUGUCAGCUGGAUCCCGCCGAUGUGCGUCUAGUCAAUCUGCGUCCCGGCAGCAAGAUGGUGCAGCUGCUGCCUCGUUUUCUGGCCACCACGGAGUACCGCCAGCGCAGAGAACAAAUCAAUUUGUUCAACGCGCAGCAUCGUUGGCGCAAGCGCGGCCUCGGACUGACGCUCAUGGAGUUUCCGCUGAACACGAGCGUUGGCUUCACCUACCCCACCACGGUGGCCAUUUACCACGAGGAUGGUUCGGUGGUCAUCACGCACGGUGGCAUAGAGAUUGGUCAGGGCAUCAAUACGAAGGCGGCGCAGGUGGCCGCCUUUGUGCUGGGCGUGCCGCUGGAGCGUGUGAGCGUGGAGAGCAGCAAUACGGUGAGUGGAGCCAACUCCAUGAUCACGGCCAACUCCAUGAGCAGCGAAAUGAUUGGACUGGCCGUGCGCAAGGCCUGCGACACGCUGAACAAACGCCUGGAGCCGGUGAAGAAACGUUUGGGCGCGGCUGCCACCUGGUUGCAGAUCCUGCAGGCUGCCUACUUGCAGUCGGUUAUCCUCAUAGCCAGCGAUUCGUAUAAGCUGGGGGACAUACCCAACUACGGCAUCUUUGGGCUGAGUCUCUGCGAACUGGAGCUGGACAUACUGACGGGCAGCCAGCUGAUACGCCGCGUGGACAUCCUCGAGGAUGCUGGCGAGAGCAUCAGCCCCAAUAUCGAUGUGGGCCAGGUGGAGGGUGCCUUUGUCAUGGGCCUGGGCUACUAUCUCACGGAGCUGCUGCUCUACGAUCGCCAGACGGGUCGCAUUCUGACCAAUCGCACCUGGAACUACCAUCCGCCUGGGGCCAAAGAUAUUCCCAUUGAUUUUCGCAUUGAGUUGCUGCAGAAGAAUCCCAAUCCGGUGGGUUUUAUGCGCUCCAAGGCGACGGGUGAGCCAGCGCUCUGCCUCUCUGUGGGCGUGCUCUUUGCCAUGCAGCAUGCCAUCCAAUCGGCCAGACAGGAUGCAGGUCUGCCGCGAGAGUGGGUGCGUCUGGGCGCACCAACCACCCCGGAGACGGUGGUGCUGAAUGCGGGCAGCCAAGUGCACAGCUUUGCGCUGAAUUGAGAGGGGAAGUGGAUACCAUUUGGAUUACCUUGGAUUACCUUGGAUUACCUUUUUAUU